AGUUGAAAAGUGAAUCUUAUUGAGGUAGUUCGCUGUGCGUUUCGCGAGUUCGUUACUAGUUCACCAGCUGAAUUCUACGUCGAUUUAUGCAACUCUAAACAGAAAUAAAGGUAGAUAAAUCGAUUCUACUUUCACUUGGUUUUGUUAAGUUAGAAAAUUGCAUAAUACGAUAACAGCGUUAUAUACAUCAGGAAAUAACUAAGUCUGUUGGAAAAUAUUAAAUCAAAAAACUUCGCUUUUCUUAUUUUUUCCCACGGUAGUGAUUUAAGUGGUGACUGUUUUAGCAGUGUAUGGUUAAGUUCAAUUUCUUUUGAGAUUACAUCCUAUUCUCUAAGGUCCGGAAAUUUUUAAAGGUAUCUUUUAAACUGUGCCUGGGUAUACUAUCAUCACUCCAAAUGGUUUUCGUCUAGGAAUACCAGUCUUAAUAUUCCAUGGUACGUCCUUUCAACGUUAAAAUUAAAUGGAUGAAACAAUAACAAUUGGUGAUAAAAGGGAUGACGGCUAAAUGAAAAUGGCAUCACCGACACCCUCACUAGAAUCGAUUCCACGAGCAAAUUCAAUUGGAUCAUUUGGUGAUCAACACGAUUACCUUUCUCUUUCGCCUUUGGCAGAUUCGCCGUUAUCAAUUAGCGGAUCAUCACCUCCAGUAAGCGACUCAGUAGAUAGAGACAGCGACCCAUCCGAACUACAUUGUCAACAGUGCAGAGAACCAAUCUCUGAUCCUAAAUUGCUGUCCUGUUUCCACACGUUUUGCAACAAUUGUCUGGAGAAGAAUAAACUCAUCUGUCCACGUUGCAAUUCUGAAUCCAUUGAAGGUAUAUUGAGUAGCCUUCUAUUCAACGGUGACAAUAGUAACGAAGUUAAUUUGGCUCCUGUUCGUUGCACAGGUUGUAAACAUAAAAAAUUAGACGCAGUUGCCCGUUGUGUAGAUUGUGUCAAUUAUUUGUGUUCGAAUUGCGUUAUGGCACAUCAAUUUAUGCACUGUUUCGAAGGCCACAGAGUAGUUAAUCUGCAAGAGAUCAAAGAAGAGACAAAGAACGGACUGCUAUCGAAUAGUAUUAUGAGUAACACCGAAAAAAGUAUGAUUUGUCCACGUCACAAAUCCGAAUUGCUUAAAUAUUAUUGUCGUACGUGCGCAGUACCAAUUUGCAAAGAAUGUUUAAAUUUGGAUCAUCCCGUUGGACUUCACGAUUACGAACAUAUAAGUGAAGCAGCACCGAAACAAAUCGAAGCAAUUCAGCACGCUGUAACAGAAGCUAAAAGCAAAGCAACCGAUAUCAGAAAUAGUCUUAAGAAUGCUGAACAUGUUUCCAGCCGCCUCCAAGUACAUUAUCAUAAAGCUCAAAACGAAAUAAAUGACACUUUCCUAUUCUAUAGGUCUAUGCUAGAAGAAAGAAAACAAGAACUGCUUAAGGAAUUAGAGAGCGUUUUCAGCGCAAAACAAAUCUCGUUGGGAGUGGCUACGCAAAAGGGCCAGGAAACGUGUGAGCAGAUAUAUAAAACUUGCGAAUUUGUAGAGAGACUGAAUAAAUGUGCAAACGUUGUUGAAAUACUUAUGUUUAGAAAAUUGUUAGACGCUAAAUUACAAGGUCUCUUAAAUUAUAACAUUGAUCAAACAGUACAGGCCGCAGGCGAAUUAGAAUUUGUGUCAAAUUAUCAAGCCAUCCAAGUGGGCGUAAGAAAUACAUUUGGUUAUGUAAGAUCAAGCGCAGAAUCAUUAGUCGGUCCUAGUAAACAACCACCCAUUGCUAGACCUACAGGCGGCGGAGGAAGCUCUAGUUCAAGCGGAAGCAGCGUGAAUGGUAGUUCCGUAAAUUUAAACGGAGGUAUGCACUGUCAAUAUAACGUCUCCACUUCAAGUCAAUCCACUUCUCCGUUCGAAUCGAACAUAAUCAGUAAACGAUUCAGCAGUGCCAAUAGUUUGGGUCCAUUUUCAACUACAAUCGGAGAUUUGAAUUUAAACGGUAUCAACCCGUACGAAAAAUGGUCGAAUGGAGGCGCAGAUAGUAUUUUCCAAAGCGGAACUACCGAUCCGUAUUCCUUAUCGAGUUCCGCCCACAACGAUUCUAUGUUAGAUCUAACUGCGAAACUGAUGUCGACAGCGAUAUUUCCACCGAAAUCUCAAAUAAAAAGACAAAAAAUGAUAUAUCAUUGUAAAUUUGGAGAAUUCGGAGUUAUGGAAGGACAAUUUACCGAACCAAGUGGAGUGGCAGUCAAUGCCCAAAACGAUAUAAUCGUCGCCGAUACGAACAAUCACAGAAUCCAGAUAUUCGACAAAGAGGGUAGAUUCAAAUUCCAAUUCGGCGAGUGCGGUAAACGCGAUGGUCAAUUAUUGUAUCCAAAUCGCGUGGCGGUAGUACGCACUUCCGGAGAUAUAAUCGUAACUGAACGUUCUCCUACCCACCAAAUUCAAAUUUAUAAUCAGUACGGUCAGUUCGUUAGAAAAUUCGGAGCUAACAUCCUCCAACAUCCUCGAGGUGUAACCGUAGACAAUAAAGGACGUAUUGUUGUCGUCGAGUGUAAAGUAAUGAGAGUAAUUAUAUUCGAUCAAACUGGAUCUGUACUCCAGAAAUUCGGUUGUUCCAAACAUUUGGAAUUCCCCAACGGCGUUGUAGUUAACGAUAAACAAGAAAUUUUCAUAAGUGACAACCGCGCGCAUUGCGUCAAAGUAUUCAGUUACGAAGGAGUCUAUUUGAGACAAAUCGGAGGUGAAGGUAUUACUAAUUAUCCUAUCGGCGUUGGAAUAAACGCGAACGGAGAAAUAUUAAUAGCCGAUAAUCACAACAAUUUCAAUUUGACCAUUUUCACUCAAGACGGACAAUUGGUAUCUGCUCUGGAAAGUAAAGUAAAACAUGCGCAAUGUUUCGACGUUGCUCUAAUGGACGAUGGCUCGGUUGUAUUGGCAAGUAAGGACUACAGGCUCUACAUUUAUCGUUACGUUCAGGUUCCUCCUAUUGGCCUGUAAACAUUUCCUCCGGGCAGGGUCUCCAGCCGCCAUUCCCAACACUUUUUGUUGAUGCAUUUUUGAAUGGAGUGGUCGGAUGCUGGUCUGUUACUCGUAUUAUUUUUUUAAAGUUGUCAAAAUUUUCACGAGAUUUAUCGUCAUAGUUUUGUACUGUAUUUCACAUGUUGAUAUUUUAAUAUUAUAACGUUUGACUACGCGAAGCUGGACAGAGUCGCUACUGUGGUGGCCUGUUGCCAUGUUGUAUGACCAAAUUUAUCAAUUUUUAAAACAGGGAUAUUAUUAUUAUUAUUAUUCAGAUUAGAAAUGUUAACCAAGCAUCGCAUGGUGCCUGGGCCAUUGUUGUAAUUUAAAUUGAGCAGUUUCCGAUGAUAAUGAUCUAUUUUAAUAUGCGUGUAUGAUGUUGUGUAUGUUCUUAGAAAUAGCGCCUUGUUGUUAGCGGGAUGCCGCGUUGUUACGGACCCUAGUCAACCGAGAACUUUCAAUUUCGUAGUGUUUAAUUUUUAUUAUUGUUCUCUCCAAUUUUUCCUAUUUAGUGGAUGUUUGUAUACUAUAAAAUACCACGUGCCGUGCCCACAUUUCCGCCGCUCGGGAAAUUAAAAACCCGUUGUCGGCAUUUGUUUUUAUGUUUACGUAAUUUUAGUUUUGUUAUUCACAUAAAAUUAGUUACUUUUGUGUAUGUGUGGUGCUGCAUGCUACUACAUAUUUCCACCAACUCUUAUUUUUUUACUUAGUUUGUAGUUUUUUUUUGUAGUAAUAUAUUUGUUUGUUGAUGCUGCCGAGUUUAAGAUAUAGGGUGCGAAUUCAGAAUUACAUGGAUUCGCGUCCUUUGGGAACUAUAUCCCCAUAUCAAGACUAUAAUACUUAGCUAGAUUUUUUUCGUUCAAAUGCGUUAGGUAUUGUUACUUUCGAAAAAAAAACCACGAGACAUCAUCCCCUACCUGAUAAUCCUUCCUAGGUCACGUUUUUGUUUUUUUUUCUUGUUUUUAUUUUGCCGACACAUGACAAUAUUUUAUUUAUUUUAUUUAUAUAUUUUAUAUUUAGAGCAAACUUUACGUUUAAGUAAAUUCGAAUAUUGUCUUCAAAUAGUAGGUACAUUCAUUUGAUAGUUUUGAAAAUAGGUUAUUCGAUGUUCAUAUACUCUUUAUUCGAAUUUAUACUUUGCCACCUCAUAUAUUUACUUACUUACUUACUUACUUACUUACUUAAUCCCCUUUAUAUACUUACGGAUGUAAGACUUGAGGUUUGAGUUUCUUUUUUCUUCGGGUCUAAAAUUAUCUCGCGUUUCUUUCGAUUCUCGUUUAUGGUAGCUCUUCGUGUAAUUUCUUCCCUCAAUAAUCAGUAUCUUUGUUCAUUUCGCCCAUCCCUCUACUUCUGAUUAAGCGUUUCUUCGUUCUCUGCAAAUAUGACCAUAUCAUUAAUAUGGCCAUAAUAACUCGCCAUUUUCCAGAACCUUGCUUUAUGCCUCAUCUAAUAUUACUCCUUUGUUGGUUUCAAAUAUUCUUAUUUUGUUCUGACGUAGUUUUUGUUACUGAACUACCUUCUAAUACUUGGAUGAACUAAUUCUAAUUCAAAUUUUUUGGAAAUUUCAUUUAAUAUUCCACAUCGUAAUCAGUAAAGGCGUGUAGAAGUAACACUCUUUUUAUUAUAUGUUUUUUCACUUUCUUAUUAUUUGAGAAUCAUGGAAUCUACAUUCCCUUCUUGGUGUUUUGUCCAUGAACCCACUGCCUCAACUGUUGUUUCUAACCUUGCUUGUGACAAAGUAGAAAUUUGGAAAGAACGAAAUAUAUCAAAACCAAUUUUCAUAACUACCGUAACCUCUUAUUUGCGCACCAAAUAUGUACUAAAAAUAUAUUGUAGAACGAAUCUAUUUAGGUAAUAAUUAUAUUAGACCACUUAUCUAAUUCAAACCAAUUAUUAUGCGAGGAAUUGUAGAAAAAAAAACACAUUGUAAUUAAUCCUUAAGCCAAAUUUACACGAACUAAAUUAUCAGCUAUAUUAUGUUGACAUAAUCCGAUAAGGACCGAAACUACGUUUACUUUGAUGUAGAUUAAUGGUUUCAGUGCUUAGGCUCUUUUCCAAAUAAUGUCAACAUAAUAUACGUGUACUUGAAACAAAACAACUAAUGUGCUUCAAUUCUCUCGCAUUCAAAGACUGUUGGGAUAAGCUAAGUGAAUAUUUUUAAUAUUAAAUAAUGUAGGUGAUUAAAUUAAUACAUGUCAAUUUUUUUAUCGAUGUUGACGUUAAUAAAAUUGUCCUAUUCUCGUGGUUUUAUCUCGAUAGCAAUACCCCAAGUUUUUUUAUAAUGAUUUUUCUUAUUUUUUAUUAAAUUAUAUCAUUGUUGUGUUUUGAGACCGGAGGCGAUUGGUUCGCAAUGUCUUAAGGGCUAAGCGAUCUCAUCCCAGUAACCAGCCCUGAGAGGAGAACCCUGCGGCACCCAGUUACUUCGGACCAUUCGUCUCUCGAUGCCCAUCCGACAAGUGUUGUAUAUGUUGUUUUCAAGUGUCUUCUUUAGAGCCACUAUAUUUUUUCUAUUGUUCGUAGACGUCCUUGGAUGGGCACCUUGAGAAACGGAAGUCUCAGAAUGACCUCGGUGCAACACGGCGCUCAAUUUUAUUAUUAUUAUUAUUACUGCAUUUUUAAAACUCCGUUGUUAUCUUAAUUUAAUGGUAAAAUUUGUUCUUAAAUAAAAUGUACAUUGUUUUGUUUUUCUUUGAUUUUUUGUUGUAAAUGCUUAUUUUGAAUUAAUAAUACCAUUCUUGCAGUUUUCACUUAGUUUUUUUAUUUAUUUUCUUUUCUUUGGUGGAAUGAAAAGAUGAGAAUUAAACAAAUUUUAAUAAAACGGUCAACUUAAAGUUGCUAUUAAAUUCAUUACAAAAAAAUUCUUCGUAAAUUCAACCAAUCU